GGAGGGUCGCUGCCAGAGUUUGGUCCACUCUUGACUGCAUAGGGCUUCGAAGAAUCUUGAGUACUUGUUGAAUUGACACGGUUAUUCUUGUUCUCUGUGAUCUCUGUACUUGGUCUUUUAAAACUCCCAUCAUCGUCAGCUAUAAACUGCUGGGUUAUGGACUGUUGAAGGCAGUGGAUUGCAGGGGAAAAUAGAAAAAAAAGAGUAAAAGAGAGUGCUGUCUUGUGAAACGAAACCAUGGGGAAACAGAACAGCAAGCUCCGGCCUGAGGUGAUGCAAGACCUGUUAGAGAGCACAGACUUUACAGAGCACGAGAUCCAGGAAUGGUACAAAGGCUUUCUAAGGGACUGUCCCAGUGGCAACCUCUCAAUGGAGGAGUUUAAGAAAAUCUAUGGAAACUUCUUUCCUUAUGGAGAUGCCUCAAAGUUUGCAGAGCACGUUUUCCGUACGUUUGAUGCAAACGGCGAUGGUACCAUUGACUUUCGGGAGUUCAUAAUUGCAUUGAGCGUCACGUCACGAGGAAAACUGGAACAGAAGCUUAAGUGGGCUUUUAGUAUGUAUGAUCUGGAUGGAAACGGCUACAUCAGCAAAUCAGAGAUGCUUGAGAUUGUGCAGGCUAUUUACAAGAUGGUGUCAUCAGUGAUGAAGAUGCCAGAGGAUGAGUCCACACCUGAGAAGAGAACAGAAAAGAUCUUCCGACAAAUGGACACCAAUCGGGAUGGAAAACUGUCUCUGGAGGAGUUUAUCAAAGGCGCAAAGAGUGACCCAUCCAUUGUUCGUCUGCUACAGUGUGAUCCCAGCAGUGCAGGACAGUUCUGAGAUCAGCGUCUCGUUCUUCAACCUUUUAUUUAUUUAUUGGUUUUAAUUUUGUUUUUGAGAGUCACUCCUUCUGCUUGCAGGGAAAUGAUGCAGGGUCCUUUUUUUUUUUUUUUUUUUUUUUUUUUUUUUCUUUCUUUUCAGAAUAUGGCAUCUGGGUCUCAUCAAACUGAGUUUGGCCAGAAAUAGUAACACACAUACGCACACACAGAGUUAUUGGCCAUGUUGUCUCAGCAGGGAGCCGUACCAGGUCUGAAAGAGGCAUGUGAUGGAGUGAACUAGAGCUGAAAUCUGAGCUGAAUUAAUUUCCUGAUAAGACAACAGGUUUUAGAUCUUGUUAGGAAUACUAUCUGGGUACUAGAGCUGUGACAGUUUAAGCUUGACCAACACAUGAAUAUAAUAUAAGAUUGGAAAUCAUUCUUGAACAGUAGUGGAAUCGCUUUUGUCUCUACAAACACCUCAGCAUUGGUUAUGUCUAAGUAUUUGAGGUCGUUUUUCAAUUUCAGAUUGUGUAUCUCAAAUCAAUGGUUAUGCCAACGUCAUAAUUGGCAGAUCACAGUACAGUUCUCCUAAGGGACCAAUACGUCAGGCAUGCAGAAUUCCAGUUGUACACUGACGAUUCCCCACAUUGUGCUCAAUCUAAAGAGCCUUGUCAUUUAUGCUGAAAACGAACAUCAGAUUUUGAUUCAUUCGGUUUUAGUCUACUGUUUGGAAAAACAUGAACGUUUUCUAAUAUUUGUAUUCUGGUAACGGUAAGCUUGUAUAUAAAUCUAAAAGCAUCAGACACGCAUGCGAAACUCUACUCAUCUUAGGAUGCAGCGAUUGGUUUUAUUGAUGUUUUGAACAAAAGCAUGCGACAGCGAGUUUAUCUUCAUUGGUAGACAGGAGAGUAUUUGUGUAAUUUGUAUGCAUGUGUUGUGUGUGUGUGUGUGUAUUCGGUUAAUAUCAGUUACAGCCUGGUUCGCUCACCCUGGUUCUAGAUGUUGUGAUGCAUUGUUCGCAUUUUACCGAAGGUUUGUGUUGUUGGAAAAACAACUAAAGCUUUAUUGAUUUAAAGGUUUCUACGAUCACGUUUAUCUGCUAUACAGCCGGUCUUUAACUCCUGAUUGUACACGUGUGCAUCAUCACGUUACUGAAUUGCCUUAUACUGUACACACUGAAGUGUUUCUGGGGAUGAGUGAGAUUUAUAUGCCUUUUUCAAAUUAAGCUGAAGCUCUUCUCAUUCACUCAUUGGGCAGAUGUCGUUUUGUCGAGAGCAUCUUGCUUCUAAUAUUAACCUGGCAUACUAAAUUGUACUUUCGGUUAGGAUCUCAUGUCAUAGAACGAGUUUUUCCACUCAUGCGGUAUCCAUUGCACUUGCAGCAUGUACUGAUUAAACAACGGGUGGAGAGCAUUUAUUCAGAACUCCUAACAGUUCCUAUAGCACCCUCUGCCCUGCUUUUAGUGAUCGCGCUGAAACCACGGAAAGCCACGCUUCUGCUUCUCAUGUUCUUGAAUUUCCCUGUGAACGUUAAAUGCCUCACCACAGUGCAUUCAAUUCUGCUAUACUGUUAAUGAACUUGUUUGAAUGAUUUGUUUUUGACUCAUUGAACAACUGCUGUUUUUUGUAAAAAAUGUCGAGUAAAAAAAAGUUAAUGCAGCAGAUCAAACUGCUUUGUUAUUUCAUGUUUUAUGUGAAUUUUAUGUCGUUUUUCCAUUUUGUUUUCCAUUUUUAACAUCUGACGUAACAUUUCUGUAUCACCGAUAUAUCAUGUGGGCAGGUGCCAAAAAUAUAAAAGCAGUAUUGUAUAAAUUUAUACUGUAAAAAAUAUUCUUUGUCAAACUACUUGUUUGUAAUUGUUGCAUUUUGUAGAUUUUGUAUGGUAAUCUGUAUUUUGUGACUGUAGAUUUGAGACAUGAAAAAAUUGUUUUGGUUAUAAUAUUGAGCAGAGAUUAAAUCUGGAGAGAAC